CUAAUAAUAAUGCAAAUGAAUAAAAAUAAAAGAUAAACUUUACCAAAAAAAAAAUUAUCAACAAAAUUAAAAAAUAGAAACACGAGUGAGAGAAACACGAAAAGUAGCGAGUAGUUAGUAAUUGAGAAGAUCAAAAUUAGCGAAUGAGAGAAAUCAAAGUUGGCGCGGAUUGCAUUUCAUCGCAUUUCAUCAAAUCAAAUAGAUCAUGAAACCCAAAUCAACCGAACUUAAUCAAUUUGUAGAUGAAAUGGAAUCGGAAGAAGAAACCAAUGAUAACAAUAAUAACAAUAACAAUAAUGGAGGCAAGUUCGGAAUGUGGGAAAAUAUCCUCCGAAAUCAUCACAACUCUUUGAAAUCUCUCUUCCACCGUAACAAACCCGAAACCGAGGCCGCCGAUGUCUCCGUCAAUUCUCCCAAACCUAUUCCUCAACUUUCUCCGAUUGCUAACUCCGUCGUCUCUCGUUGUUCCAAGAUCAUUGGAGUUUCUACGGAUGAAUUACAACACGCUUUCGAUUCCGAACUUCCUCUCGGAGUGAAAGAGCUUCUUACAUACGCUAGAAACCUUGUGGAAUUUUGUUCCUUCAAAGCGCUUCACAAAUUCAGUAAAACUUCUGAUUAUUUGAGUGAUUCCGAGUUCCGUAGUUUGUCAUUUGAUGUGAUGCUUGCUUGGGAAGCUCCAAGCGUUAACGCUGAUCAAGUCACAACGGAAAAUCCUGCUCGUAGUAAAGAUAGUAAAGAUGAAACCUCUGGUGAUGAGGAUGAUGCUUCCUUGUUUUAUUCAAGUUCCACAAAUAUGGCAGUUCAGGUUGAUGAUAAGAAGACAGUUGGUCGUGAGGCUUUCUCACGUAUAGCUCCUGUUUGUGUUCUUAUUGCUGAUAUAAUAACUGUUCACAAUCUUUUUGAUGCACUCACCAAUUCUUCCGGACAUAGACUCCAUUUUCUUGUUUAUGAUAAAUACAUAAGAUCCCUUGAUAAGGUUAUCAGGAAUUCGAAAAAUGCUCUGGCCAGUUCUGUUGCCAAUCUGCAACUUGUUGAAGAAGAGAUGGUCCUUGAUGUUGACGGGACAAUUCCAACUCAACCAGUUCUUCAACAUAUUGGAAUUGGUGCAUGGCCUGGGCGUUUGACCCUGACCAAUUAUGCUCUGUACUUUGAGUCACUUGGAGUCGGUGUGCAUGAGAAAGCUGUUCGAUAUGAUCUGGGCACGGACAUGAAACAGGUCAUAAAGCCUGACUUGACUGGACCCCUUGGUGCUCGUCUAUUUGAUAAAGCUGUGAUGUACAAGUCAACUUCUGUAGCAGAGCCUGUUUACUUUGAAUUCCCUGAAUUUAAAGCAAACUUGCGUCGUGACUACUGGUUGGACAUAAGUCUAGAGAUCCUACGUGCACACAUGUUUGUCAGGAAAUUCUGCCUUAAAGAUACGCAGAAAUCAGAAGUACUUGCCAGGGCUAGUCUUGGCAUCUUCCGCUAUCGCGCACUUAAAGAAGCUUUCAAAUUUUUCUCAUCCAACUAUAAAACAUUACUUACUUUUAACCUAGCUGAAACUCUUCCUCGGGGAGAUAUAAUCUUGAAAACCCUGUCAAAUACCUUAAUGAAUUUAACUUCUGUUUCUGGUAAAAGACAUAUUCCAGCGAAUGUGGAAUCAAAAAAGAAACUAAUAGUGUCUCCAGGAGCAGUAGUGGCACUCUCCUGUCUUGGGUUCAAAUCAAAAAUGGCAGCUGGUAUCUAUGAAGAAACAACUGUUGUUUGUGAUGUCCGAGUUGGUGAGAAAAAUCCCUUGGAAGUGGCAGUUAAAAAAUCUCUUAUGGACACUGGAAAAGCACAAGCUGCACAGGCAACCGUAGACCAAGUGAAGGUGGAGGGCAUCGAUACAAAUGUUGCAGUAAUGAAGGAACUACUAUUCCCAGUCAUCGAAUCUGCUAACCGACUACAACUUUUGGCCUCGUGGAAAGACUUCUAUAGAUCAACAGCCUUUUUGAUACUCAGCUGUUAUGUGAUUAUAAGGGGGUGGAUCCAGUACUUACUGCCGUCUGUUUUUCUGUUCAUUGCAAUUAUUAUGCUCUGGCAUAGGCAUUUUAGAAAGGGAGGAGCAUUAGAACCCUUCACAGUAACACCUCCCGAAAAUCGAAAUGCAGUAGAACAACUGCUGACAUUGCAAGAAGCCAUUACGCAGUUUGAAUCACUUAUUCAAGCUGGAAAUAUUGUUCUACUAAAAUUAAGAGCUCUUCUACUUGCUAUAUUGCCACAGGCUACAGAGAGGGUUGCCCUAUUUCUAGUGUUCAUAGCUGCAGUGUUUGCUUUUGUUCCUCCAAAAUACAUAUUUUUGGUGAUAUUUAUUGAGUGUUACACGAGGGAGAUGCCAUGUAGGAGAGAAAGUAGCAAAAGAUGGAUAAGAAGGGUUAGAGAAUGGUGGAUCAGAAUACCUGCUGCUCCUGUUGAACUUGUUAAACCUGAUGAGUGCAAGAAAAAAAAAUGAUAAUGAGUUACUUGAUACCGGCAAAGGUCGACAAAUAUUCUCGGGGUAGCCAUCAUUUAUUAAUUGGAUAUCCUGAUUCAUAUAUUCUUUUGUCUAUUCAUUCAUUUUGUAUUUGACAUCAAGUUGUAUAUUCUCUUGCCUCUUGUUUUUUCACAGUUCAAUAUUAAACCCGAGGUAACUUGAAAGUCUUGAUUGAAGUCAUUGACUUUCAUUUUAACAAAGAUUGCUUUCUAAAUCAUGGUUUUACAAACCGUUAUCAUCUUAGUUUUCAUAUUACAGAAAUAUUAUUGGUGAUC